AUGGAACACUUAACGACUUUGCUGAGCCUCGAGAGGAUGGUGCCGGCUAGAAGCAAUCUCGAACCUAUUGAAAUGCAUUGCAUCUUCCUAGCCAAUCAGCCCGUCGCCUCAACCGGUUUAAUCCUUUUUGCUAUUUUCAAGCCUGCUGCCCUACAAAGAGAUCACAAAGUUGAAUUGUUUCCUCCAAUAUCUGGUCCCUUCAACAGCAUUGUUAACAGCGGAUAUUGGCAUGCAAUAUACGAGGAAACCUGCUUUAUGGAUAUGAGGAGGUCUCUAUCAAAAGACCAAGAAGGGAGCUUUCAUCCGAAAUCCCUGUUCCCCGGAGGUCGUUCAUCUUGUCGCAUUGUGACUCUCUCCGGCACGUUGAGUCCUUUCACACCGCGCGUCGGCUCAGUCAAGUGCUACGUACACGCUUUCAAAACUCUUAUAAGGGAACGAUUUCAAUGGGUUCCCCGAUCUUUUUAUCAUCAUGACAAUGAUUUAUAA